GGCGCGUUGAUGUUCGGAACAGCGUCUUAGCUGCUUGGCGCGGUUGCCUUUAAAGAUCAAGAGUUUCGAGGCACACUCUGGGGUACCCGGAGAGAAUGUCCGCCAAGGCAGUAGUUCGAUGCAUCUUCAAGCGUCGCAAAGCAGGUGAACUGACUCUAAUACCAGGAGAGGUUAUUACAGUUACCAACCAGGAUAAUGACAGUGGUUGGUAUGAAGGUAUCAACUCUAAUGGAGAGCGUGGACUGUUCCCUGGCCAAAAUGUUGAGGUGGUGAUGGACUCUGUGGCAGCUGUUGAGAUUGAAGAAGCAUGUGCUGCCGAGUCAAAUUAUGAAGAAAUAGAUGUAAUUGAGCUCAGAUCAAAGAACUCUAACAGUUAUUCGGACACUUCUGAAUCAAUUGACCAAGAUUAUGAGAUGAUAAUCCCUCAGCUAGAGGACAAGAAAAGCAGUAUCGAAUCAACUCCUAAAAGGAUAUCCAGGCUGUACCAUUUUACAAAAACGGAAGCAGAGCCUUUCAUAGCAGGAAAAACUGUCAAGACAACCACAAAAAUCCAACUGACAUUCAAUGAAAAUGGUGCAUCCUGGGUGUAUCCAAUAGUACCAUUGGAAUGCAUGAUAGCCAAUCCUCAGAUAGAAACUAAAUAUUCAGGGAUGAAGAAAUACAUUUCUUAUCAAAUUACACCUAAAGACACAAGUGUUUCAGUUUACCAUCGAUACAAACAUUUUGACUGGCUAUACUGUCGACUAAUACAGAAGUUUGGGUCCGUAAUCCCAAUCCCUCUACUUCCAGAAAAAGACAUUCCAUGGAGGUAUAGCGAUGAUUUUGUUCAGGCUCGGAUGGGUGGCUUGCAGGCCUGGAUUAGCCGCAUAUCCCGUCACCCUAUUAUCUCACAGAGUGAAAUCUUUCAGCACUUUAUCAGAAGAAAAGAUGAAAAAGAAUGGAAAGCUGGUAAAAGAAGUGCAGAGAAAGAUGAAGCUGUUGGAGGCAUGAUAUUCUCUGAAAUAAUGCCAUCAUCAGAGUUUAGUCUGCUGGAUGGAGAAGAAACAGAAAAAUAUUUGACCUUUGCCAAAUACAUGGGAGAAAGCGUUAGAAAUCUUAUAACAGUGACAGAGGAACACAUGGCACGGUGCACUGGAACAGUGAAGUCAGAAUAUCUCAAAAUAGGAAAGGCCUUCUCCGAUUUCUCAGCAUCAUUUGCGAAAAGCACCUAUCAUGGGAAAGGCUCCAUUGGAAAUGCGUUGUCAUUUGUUGGAAAAACAUAUGAUGAUAUUGGGAAUCUUUAUUUUGAUCAGCCAAAGAAAGAUGUCCACUGCUUGCUUGAGAUCAGUAAAGAAUACAAAGGGCUGCUGACCUGUUUCCCUGACAUUAUACACGUCCUCAAGGGAGCAAUAGAAAAGGCUCAUGAAUAUGAAAAGCUUUCUCAAGCCAACAAAGUCACAGUGAAAGAGAAAGAAGCCAUAGUUUUCAAAGCUAGAAUCGUGUCUUCAGCCAUACAGGCUGAAAUCAACCAUUUUAACCAUGAACUUACUAAUGACUACAAAGAAACAAUUCAACAUUUUCUGUAUGAACAGGUUCAGAUGUAUAACAAGGCUCAACCAACAACACACCGAGAACAUUUAACAGAUGCACACAAUCAAAACGCCAAACGACUGAAUACUGCAUCUUUUCCCCCUUGCAAAACUAAAAGACCCUAUCUUAAAUUCAACUAUCCUAAACAACAAGCUCAGAGUUCAGCAUAUCUGUUUUCUCCAAGUGCAGCAGUACUCUUUGAGAUUUGGACGUUGUUGAUAACGGCGCUGAGAUCUACAAAUUUGAAGUCGUCAUUCUGCAUGAUCAGAUCGAUGAGGAGAAUUAUCAAUGUUGCUGUCACUCAUCAGAAAAGGGAAUGUAUCCUCAUGAUCACUGUCCUUGAAAUAUUCUGGCCUGGUCACUAUCAAGCUUGUCAUCUGGCAGAUAACUGUUGGUACCAAGCAACCAUUUGAUCUGCUUUGCCCUUGAUAGAGAUGAUGCAAGUUUGUGGUUACAAUUUGGCCAUCUGAUGUGAACCCAGUCUCCAACUUCAAACCGUGGUCUCCUUGAGUGUGUUCGCUUGUCAAAGUACGCUUUAGCAAUUUCCUCUGAAUUAACUCUGACAGUCUUGUUGGAUAGUGGUGAUGACUUAAGAAUGUUCAACAGCAUGUGACCUAUCAUAUGUUCGACCUGUUAUAUGUUUAACCAGUCUUUCCGAUCAGAGUGUGCGGGAUGGAUUAAAAUGUGUGAAGUAGGAUAUGAAUGGAUUGUUCAAACAUUUUCCCCUCUGACAUACUGGCUCUCUGACCGUCCUUGAUCAUCCUUUUGAAUCUUUUGACACCACCAUUUGUUUGUGGGUUGUAUAUUGAUGUCAGAUGCUGGUGAAUUCUAUAUUGAAUGGGGGGGGGGCAGGCUCAACGGGCUGUAUGGUCUACUCCUACUCUUGUUUCUUAUGUUCUUGAGUUAAUAAAAUGUGGGAAUUUCUGAGCUGAGACCAGAAAAAUAAAAUACAAAGCAACUGUCA